UUAAAUUAAAAGAAAGAAAAAAGCAAUUUAAAAUACAAACUUGAUAAAAAUUCAAAUUUCUUAGAAAUUAGCGCAGCUUAGAGCGUGUAAAGAAAUUACCACGCAAGUACAACAUUGAAAAAGAAGCGCAUACAAUAACAACAAUAACAUGAGCGAGGUGAAACAAUUGUUGAGCUCACUUUUGUGGGACAUUUACGGCAAACAACGGAGAGAACAACACUCACGACGCUUCAGCAAGUAUAGCAGUAAAUUUAGCAAAGACGAUCCAGAUAUGUUCGACUUCAGUUCGUUAAAAUUUGCCAGCUGCGCCAAAGAUUUGGAGCAUUUUAGUGUCCGUAAGCUCAUUGAUAUUUCCGCCAUUUUAAAAGUCGAAAUACGUUUAAUGGGUCAUUUCUUGGAACGUGUACUAACCUCACGUGAACGCAAUCGAAGGCAUCAGGACACUUUGUGCGGCUUCGUAGACGCAUUGCUCUAUGUACGAUAUCACAAUGUUCAUCCAAAAAUGCGAUUCAGUCUUUCACCGCCACCAUCAUCCAAGUCCGCUUCCGUCAUAACAUCGCCCACCAAUAUGCAGGCCAAUUACGCACAAAGCAAUUACAAUGAACCACGUGUUUCCGGCGUUGGCGCCCGAAGUGACGAUGAUAUCUCGCCCGCCAAAGCCACAGCAGCACCAACAGUCGCUGCAGCGCCAGCUAAGCACGAUGUAGACGAUGAGGCGGCAUCUGACUACAAUCAAUGGUUGCACGCCAUGAAGCUGGUGGCGCGCUUGCCAGGCGGCAUGCCACCGGAAUUUAGGCGCAAGUUGUGGCUAUCAUUGGCAGAUAAAUAUUUGAAAUCGAAAAAUGUAGACUGGGCCAAGGAGGAGGAGAAAUGCUUCUGCGAAAAGUGGCGCGAAGAUGACGAAGAGCUGGGCAUACAAAUUGUCAAGGACUUGCACCGUACCGGCUCAAAUCUGUGUACUGGUCCGGCGGCUACGAUUAAUCAGGCCAAAUUGAAGCGCAUACUUUUAGGUUAUGCGCGCUACAAUCCGGAAGUUGGUUACUGUCAGGGUUUCAAUAUGCUUGGCGCGCUGAUAUUGCAGGUCAUGGAGAAGGAGGAAGCCGAAUCAAUGAAGGUGAUGAUCUAUUUGGUUGAAGGCGUGUUACCCCCUGGCUACUUUCAUGGUUCCAUGGGUGGCUUGCAGGCCGAUAUGGCGGUAUUUCGCGAGCUAAUGCAAACAAAAUUGCCGCGUCUGGCAAAACAUUUGCAAAAGCUGCAGGGCCCUAGUGAAAAUGCCUUCGAGCCUCCGCUAACGAAUGUCUUUACUAUGCAAUGGUUUCUAACGAUGUUCUGCACCUGCUUGCCAAUGAGCUGUGUCUUGCGUGUCUGGGAUCUUGUCCUUAUCGAGGGCAGUGAUGUGCUGCUACGUACAGCACUGGUGCUAUGGAGCCUGUUGGAAGAUCGCGUGCUGAGCACCCGCACAGCUGAUGACUUUUAUGGCAAAAUGGGUUCCUUCUCGAGCGAAUUACUUAAUGGGCAUCUAAUUGAUUCGAAUGGCUUGAUUGAGAAAGUGGUGCAACUUGGUCCGAUACCGGAUAUACAGAAGUUACGCGACAAGCACCUAUACAAUAUUACUCCUCUGCAUCACAAGCAAGGAUUACAAUUCUACUACGACGACGAAGAGCCCGGCUCGGAUGAAGAAUCACGACUGGCUGUCGCCACUGUUUGGGGUAUGCCUUGGGGGCGUCGUGGUUCACAAGGUCAAACUACUAACGCUACCAAGCAAGUAACCGAGAAUAAAGAGCGUCUAGCUCUAGAUAUUUCACUGCUAAAGAAGCAAUAUGAUCGUAUGCGCGAACGUCAACGUCAAGCACACAUUAUUUUAACCACCGCCUGCUCCACAGCCCGCCAGAGCGCUAUCGCCACAACUUCCACACAGUCUAAUCAGUCGGUCGCUAUGAAUCAAUUGCUUUUGGGUCGCGCUGCCAUCGUUACGAACAAAGGUAGACGACCCCCGCCAGGUGCUAUUCCUCCCGCCCGUAAGCCAUCCCUGCCCACAGUGCUGCACUCAAGACAACCUGUGCGGCAAUUGCGUCGUGGUGAGACUUUACACUGGCGUGAUGCCGAUAUAAGUAAACGUCGUAGAGACAGUCUAACAUGGAAGGAGAUUAAGGCGGAUCGUGCUACAUUGUUGCGCGAUGGUGUAGACGCUGUACCAAAGUCACAAAAAAUUCGCUCGCGUAUCGGUAAGAGCGACUCAUCGUCGUACAGUGAAGAAAGUGAGGGUGACGACGAAGUUGGCGGCUCGAGUACUGAUACAAGUCUUUGCGAUGAGGACGAUCCAAAUUCGGGCGCUGAUAAAACACAUUCCUCUUCAAUUGAAAAUAGUCCCAAACGUAGAGCGAAAUCAUCCCGUAAAGCCAAAGAACUCUCUACGAAGCUAGAAACCCUAAAUGAACCCAGUGAUAGUGAGAAAGAACGUAGACGUCCUAAGUCUUGGGCACCUUCUUCAACUGAGAUUCCUUUCAUGCUUAUGACAUCCGAUUCGCCGACAUACAGUGGUGAUGAGCAAAAGACACCACGUUCACAUCAUUUUGAGGAAUUGAUAAAGGAGGAGGAAGAUAGCUCGACGGAAUGCGAUCGCCUCGGUUAUAAAGGUGCAGCCGUGUCAGUGGAAUGGUCUGACACUAAAUUUUCAUCUAUCGCUGGCGAUUUGGCUACUACGAAGCUAGGUGCACUACACAUUCAGACAGAUGUCUUAGAGUUUCCUGUGAUAACAAGCACAAGUCAGCUUUCUCCAAUGCCAGAUAUAAUUGCUUACCUCAAUGGUUCCAAUAUUAGUCCGUUGCCAACACCAAAACCACUCUUCCUCGACUCAACCAACUCCCUGGGCAGUGGGGAUGAUGGCGAGGAGGGUAAAAGAUUUGCUGUCAGCGAUGAUGGUGUGACGAAUCAGUAUUUCGAACGUGUCAAUAGUGUAGAGAGACCCACAAAGUUAGACUUAUUUUAUUCGCUCAACGAAGAAGAUGGCAUACGUAGAGACGAAGAUGAAGCUACUGAACUAGUAGAGGUUGAAAAAAGUGAUACUGUUGAUACAAAUUCAAGCGAUUUCUGUGAAAAGAAUGGUACACAAGAUGGUAUCAAAGAAAUAGAAGCCACAGAUGCAGACUCUCACAGACGCAUGGAAUUACUAAUGGACUACUCUGAGAAGUCGUCAGCGGCUUUCAUCGCUGAAGCGACUACUGAACUUUCCACAAGUUUAAGACAAGACAAAAUGAAAGAUUCGCACGAGACAGACGAUUUUAGUAACACAGUUCACGGCAAAGUGGAGAAUAAUGAAAUACCUAGAGGCACAAUAAGAGAUGCCAAUAUCCCUGGCGAAGCAGCUGCACAUUUUGAAGAAAACUCUGCAAAUGUGGAAGAGCACAAGGCGUACGAAGAUAAGGUGAAAGCAAAGAAAUCAAACACAUUGAACAGUGCCUGUAGAAAACGACGUGAUCCUAGACGUAUGACGUUAACACGUUCUGCAACUAUCGACAUUGAGGAGCGCUUUCAGACAAUGGAACGCAGAAUGAGUGAAAAUAGUUUUCGAACAGACAAAGUGAAGACUAACGGCGAUAAUAUGUUUGCUGAAGACAGUGCUAGAAAAAUUCCAACAACAGCUGAGUUGGAAAAAAGGUUGAACACGCUGGAGAAGGAAAUGAAUGUGGACGCGAAUGUGAGGAAAAGGUUUGCAGAAAGUAGCGAAUUUAGAGAUUUGUCUAUACACAAAUCCACAGAACUAACGAACAGCCCUUUUACAGAAUCAAAACACGUCGAAGAUUCAAGCAAAAACUUCAAUGAAAAUUCCAUAAUAGAAGAUUUAGCAGUUAAGCCCCUUGAUACCGACAUUAGAAAUAGUAUAUCUGUUAUUGUACACUCUGAAAACACACCUGAAGAUGCAUUAUCGAAACGAGCCAGCAAUCACAUAUAUUCAACUACAAAACUGGAAGAUCGGUAUAAUGCAUUGGAGAGACAGUUAAGUUCAAAUGGUUUGCCAAUUAAAAGUUCAAUGGAUUUGCGACAGGAUGAUAAAGCGGAUGGGGCUAAAGAUAUGCCAACUCCACCCAAUACGCCAACCGAUGGUAAUAAGCAAAAUUUAGAGAAAGGUGAGAGUCAAAAGAAGCUCAAAAAUGAAAUUGAGACAGAUGAGGACUUGGAAAAAGAAGAGGAAGUCAAGGAAACCGAAAAACCACGCUUAAAGAAAUUGCCUUCUACUGCCGAAUUGGAAGACCGAUUUAAUGCACUUGAACGAAGAAUGAGCACACAGAAGUCAAGUCCCUGCAAAACAAAAAAGGAGCCACCCGACGAAGCCAAUGUCGAAGAAAGAAGUGACACGAAAGAGAGACCAAAAUAUGAAGACAGCGAUGUUGAAAGUGUAAUUAAAGAGAAACCAAAAACUUUUAGCGAUGAGGAUAUAAGAACAGAAGAAGUUAAAGAGAACAUACACUUUGCUGAACAAGUUGAAUUACAGUCGAAACGGGGUACCAAAAUUGAAAAUGCAAAAUUAAAUGAACAGAGCGAAAAGGAGAAAGGACAUGAGGAAGAAAAUGUAAAACGUACAAGAGAAAAGUCUCCAGGAAAAUAUUCUGCGGGCGAAAGUAAACAAGGUAGCAAUUUAGAACGUCCGGGCCAUGAUGACAAUGGUCAAGUCGAUACUAGAAUGACUACUAAAACAACUAAAAUAGAAAUCGAUACAGAGAAGAAGGUGAAAGAAUGUAAAAACUUAAAUGACACUAGUAACGGGAGCAAAUUAGAAAAUCAAUCAAAAGAACGCGAUGGUGGGCAUAGUGAAAAGCCAGUAGAAGAAAGCAAAAGCGAAGAAGCAAAACGUUCGGGAAGAAAAUCACCACCAAGUACGGAGGAGCUUGAGAAGCGCUUUAAAGCUUUAGAAAAACAAAUGAGUAGCGCCAGCUUGGUGAGUAGCAAAGAAAAGAAAAGUACAAUAGAAAUUACAAAGACGCAGGAAGUUAGGAACAAAGAACGUUCACAAAAAUCUGCAGAAACUGUCAAACAAAAUAAAAGCUCAACGCCAACUGAAAAAUGUCAGACAAAGUCUGAGGUAAAAGAAAAUCCACGAAAAACUGAAAAUACAGGGGAAAAGUCUAACGAAAGAUUGGAAUUGUCAAAAGAAUCCGAAAAGGCAAAGUCAAAUAAUAUUGAGCAGAAGAAAAUCGCAUCACAGUCCGAACACACUAAAGCACAAAUUCAAUUAGAACAAAGCAAAGAUAUACCAAAUUCUGAACCGACAAGAGAUGCUAACGCAGUCAAGAACUUUGAGGAAAAGUGCAAGCAAGUCAACAGAGAGUUAACUAAGCAGGAUGGGACUGACCUAGAUCAGACUCAAAACAAAGUAAAGAUACCAGAUCCUAAGCUAAUUGAGGUCUUUAAUGAGAAAUGUAGAGAGGUCAACGAAAAAUUAACGAAAACCACUGAAAAGAUAGAAGUCCAGCCAGAAGCGGGAAAAAGUAACAACUCUCUAAGUGUGAAAAGUAAACGUCGUGCCUCUGAACCGCCAUCUACAGAAGACUUAGAGAAACGUUAUGAAUCUUUAAAAAGGCGAAUGAGCACUAAAUCGAUAGCUGAAAAAGAGCACGGUGUAAAAGUAAAGUCUGAGACAGUUGUAGAGGAAGAGUCACAUGAGUUACCGGAAGUAAGGAUUACCACCAAGGAACCGAAAAGGAAAUCUUCGGAACCACCAAGCACUGAAGACUUGGAGAGCCGAUACGAGGCAUUACACCGGCGAACAAGUGAGCAAAACGCACAAAGAGUCGAAAAGGAACAAGAAAGAGAGAAACGAGGAAAGAAAGCAACACAUGAAAAGACAACGAAAGCCACGGAUAAAGAGAAAUUCACUAAGGCACAAAAUGAUAAAGAAAAAACUGCAGUAGAUGAUACACAGGUGUCCUCUCACAUACCCGUCGCUCCACCUAUGCCAUUAAAAGAUUCAACAGAAACACCAUUCAAUGACGAACAACACCGCGCUCUCAUACAAGAGUUCCAGAGUAAAAUUAAAGUACAACCCAAUGGCGAAAAUCUAAAACCCAGCGACAUUAAUCCAAAUCGCCGAAUAACACCAGAACGACAACGAACAUCGCCGUUCGAUGGAACCUCGGAAGCACAUGCAAACACCGCUUUCUUUAGAUCGGAGAAUUACGAACCUUGGUACCAUCAAUCAUACAAAAUGGUUCGUCGUUUCUCCGAUUUACCAUCAAGAGCUGAUCUUGAGAAUCGUUUACAAUUUUUGGAAAGACAAUUGAUCAUGAAAUUCUACAAGCAGCGCUGUGCAAGUGAUUCCGAAGUGGCAUCGAGAAAACAUUUCGCCGAUUUGAAGAGUCAGUCCGCAGACGACGAAGUACCCACCACAUCCACACGUGCUCAACAGCAAACAGCCGAUGAUUUGGAAAAGCGUGUGUUAGCGCUAGAAAAGCAGUAUAGUGAAAAUAGUCUCAAGUUGCUAGAAGCUGUGCGAAUAAAGGAACAACAAACAGCUGUAGCGACAGACUCACCACGGCGACUCAGCUUAGAGACUGUUGAUGCGACCGGUAAAGAGCUCGUGCGUUACGUCGGAGAACUCGAAGAAACUGGUGCCCUCAAACCGAUCAAUAUAAGUAUUAAUAUUAAAAUGAUGCUCAAGCGAAAUGAGGACACUGACAAAAGUACUAAGCCUAAAGAUAACCUCCCGACAGCAGCCGAAUUAGAGAAGCGUCUCGAAGUGUUAGAACAGCAACUAAAGUUGUCCAGGUCACGUCGUGAGGGUAGCAUCGACCAAUCUAAUGAUGGUGGAAAGCAGGAAUUGAAGAAAUCCGAAGAGAUAUCAGAUGAAGCUGCAGUCAAAGAAAAGACCAACGUUGAAGUUGUAAACGAAACGCCUGAAAUUAAGAAGGUUGUAAAAGAAGUAUUAAAUGAAGAAUGUAAAAGUGACAACAGAGUUUCAGAUAAUGUAAGCAAUAAUAUAGAUAACAAGGAAAAGAGUCAGAUAAAAUCUGAUGCUUUCGAAAGUAUAAGUAAUAAAAAAGAUGACAAAGAAAAGGGUGAGGUAAAAACUGACGCUUCAAAGGCUGAGAAGACAUUGGAGAAUCAACAAAUUGCGCGUUCAAAUAAAGAAUGUAUUAAUAAUAAGGAAAAAUCUAAUGAUGGAGAUACAAGCAAUAUGAACUCAAAACCUCAGCAAGUUGGCGAGCACAAUAAGGCGCAGAACUUGUCAAAAGAGGAAAAAACAACCCAAGAAAACGGUCGUGCCAACAAUAUUUCUGUUGAGAAAGAUGUACUUGGAAAGGAGACACAAGUCGAAAGCAUAAAGGAGACAGAAACAGUUAAAGACUACUCAGCGGUACAAAAAGAUUCAAACAAAGAAAAGCAGGAUGAUAGCAAAGCUCCAACCAAAGGAAUGGAAAGUCAUGAAGCCACGGAGUGUAUACGCGCUCCCACACAAACUGCCAUUCAAGUUGGAACGUCCGAUCCCAACAAUAAAACGAUGGUAUUGUUGCUCGAUAACGAACCAAAAGCUGUUAAAGUUCGACGACUAACGCGUGCAAACACAGAGGAGUUAGAGAACCUAUUUCAGGCGCUCGAAAAACAGUUAAGUGAUCGCAAUCUUAUUAAAUCUGAAGAUGGCAAACUGAUGCGAGCUGCCAACAAGCCGGAUGUGGCGACAUCUGAAGAAUCGAAAGCGAUAACUCAACUCUCGAAGGAAAUAGAAGAUUUCACUAAAUCAGAUAAAUCAGCAAAAGAAGAUGAAGCAACGCCCAAAAAGUGCGCGGAUGUGUCAAAAACACCGACCGCCGAGGACUAUGACUGGGGAACGGACCCCGUUAAACGACAUUUGAAACGUAAGACCGCACAUCUGCCAUCAACUAAAGAGUUAGAAGCGCGUUUCAGAUCACUGGAACGACAAAUAAAACUGCUUGAAGAUGUAGAAAAAAUCGACGUCGAGCAACGUUUAAAUGAAAUUGAGCGCAAAAUCAAAAUGCAGUAUUCGUUGUCGCACGAGAAAGAUUUGACGAAGUUCUUAGAGCUCUGUGAAGGCAAGAACCUGGACGAACUGCCCGAAGCUAUAUCGGCUGCACGUGAUAAAUAUCAGCCAGAUGAAGCCGGAGCUGCUAGAACACCCACACCAAAGAAAGAUCGCUCACCAUAUACCUCUCCUUUGCGUAAUAAAGAAAAGACACCUUACACAUCACCAGCGCAAACACCGCGACAAUCCCGAAGUCCCAAAAGACAUACCUCGCCGGGGCGUGUUCAAUAUGAAGAUAUGAAUGCAUCAGGCAGUAAAAGCCCCAAACGUCGUGUUUCGCCUGGACAUGUUCGGUAUGAAGAUCCAAAUAUACCAUCGACAGAGGAUCUUGAAUAUCGUUUUCGAGCUUUGGAAUUGCCCAGAUCCAAAUCGAGAGAAUCGUUGAAUAGCAAAGCACAUAGAAAUGUUGGAGAUUCCAAGAAAUCACUAAUACAUCCAUUGGAAAUGUUGCUUGAUCCCAGUCCUGAUGAGGAUGCCAUACCAACAACCGGCGAAUUGGAGCACCGAAUUCGUGUACUGGAUGGUAAAAGAAAAACACCUUCACCUUCUCGGCGACCACGUUCACGCUCGCCAACCAUUGAAGAUAUUAAAAAUAGAAAAUUAGCUGAAGAACAGCAACCGCGAACACCUAUACAUAAUUUAGAAAAGCUUGUCGCCUCACCAACUAAAAGAGGAUUACCUACAGCUGAAGAGCUAGAAGCACGUAUGCGUGCCCUGGAAGAAGAGCACUGCUUUGACUUUAAUAUGCAGAAAUCAUACCAGGAAUUCAAUCGAAAGUUAAAGGAUGUUGUGUCGCCAUCGCUUUCCUUUGAAGAAUUCAAAACGUCAAAAUCACGCGAAGAAAGCCCCAGACGUGGUGAAGCUAACCGCUCAACUACACCGAAAUCAGUGCUACGAGACACCGCCAGCAUUUAUGAGGAUGUACAAUAUAGAUCAACUAGUCCCAAGGCCAUACGAUUCCGUGACGAAGCAGCCGAUUAUGUGCCUUCUAUGCCGUAUAGGCCCAAAUCGCGGACCAAUAUACGUGAUGUCACUGGACGAAUGGUGGGCACCAUUAAUUCUGGCGCUUUAGAAAUAAUUGAAGAAAAUUCUAAAUAUCUUCAACGUAUUCUUAAGCAGACUCUUACAGAUUCAUGCAGCAGCAUAAAUGCUAUCGGACACCAGACGGAAGGACUUGACGAGUUUGGCAGUCGACUUAUGAGGGAGACAUCACCGCUACAACGUACAGGCAGUCACACCGGUAUACCGCUGCGAACAAAUGACAACAUCAACGAGCGCUUGGAUUCCAUAAAAAAUACGAUCAAGUCCAUCGACACGUUGUGUGAAGAGAAACCAUAUCAUAAAGAACGUUGUCAGCGUUACAUCGAUUCACUAUUUUCCGACUCGAUUCACUUCGCCAGCAAGAAGACCUCGCUCGAAGAUCUCUCACACUCUGAGAACCGUGUGCACGAAUAUGGGCCCUCUAUACGUGUCUCAGAUCACAGCCAAAGGCAUUCGGACUACUUAUAUGGACGCACGAUAGGUUCGGUAGACUCCAUACGGUCUACGAGUCCACUGCGCGCUGCUAGUCCAUUGCAUCAUCGUUCAAAUCGGGAUAUACGACGCGAAAUUUCACCACGCCGACGCCGCGAGGAAGAGCAUGAAGAAUACCAGAGUAGGGUAAGACGUGAAAAUAUGUUGCCAAAUUAUUAUUUAUUUGAUAAUCAUAGAGAUGUAAGUAGUAGUAGUUUAAUUAAGUUUCAUAAAGUAGAUAGACAACUAGACACAUACAAAUAUGAUGAUAGAGACAGAUCAAGUUCACGAUCGGCCUCCAGAUCGCCGUUAAGGUCGCCGUAUGGAUCCAGGGAGACAAUGAUGACGGCAGAAAGGAUGUUGCACGACAACACCAAAGCCAACACACUACAACACAACACUAACACCUACAACAGCUGCCACGACAACAACCGCUACAAUACAAAAACAAUAAACGAUAAAAAUUUCGAAUUGGAUUUAGACAGACAGGAAGCGUACACCAUGCAUCAUCACACUACGGACAUGCUACUGGGUCUUGAUCCACUUAAACGAUCCACUACACCCAUUUAUGCGCCCGGACGACUCGAUAUACGUCACACCACAGUUACAUCAACCUUCUACGAUCGUUUAUUGGCGGAAAAAGAGAUUGAGCGAAAAUUUUGUCGACCAUCUAGUCGUUCGCCCAUCGUUUCACCUUCGGUUACGUCGAAAAGUUAUGUGGACCUGGCCAGUGCAAGCUCUAACGCGCUAUAUCAAGACAGAUCUCCAACAGCUGCGGUAACUAUGCGUCCAGAUAGGUCCGCUGGCUUGUCCAGCCUCUCUAAUACAGAAAAACCACAACACUAUCGAAAUUCGAUGACUGCCAGUUAUCCAUGUACCACUUAUAGCGACACCAACCAGACAAACCUUUCGAACAGCAACACGACUAUCGCGAAAUUUAGUACCAACACCGACACCCACACCACCAUCACCACCAACAAUUAUACUACCGCUACACUAAAUUCGGCCACAACAACCACAGGUAAUUCAAGCACUUAUUCGUACGAAAGCACUAAACUCACGCGGUUCCCUCGGGUAACCGAACCUACUAGUAUGGACUUACGCAUACAAAGUUGUGAUAAUAUACUGAUGCAAUUGAAAUCUGCUUCUAUAACUGCAGCUGGGUUAGGGCCUAUGAGCAACAGCACAAUAACGACUACAACAACAGCAAUAACUGCAAAUACGACCGGAACGCCGACGAUAUCGACUAAGACGGCGGCAAGCGACCGUUUGCCCGUCUCGAUCACCACUCAAUAUCAAAUUGAUGGUCUGAGUGAUAAUAGAACCAAAUGCACCACUAACUUCACCUCAACACCAGCUAUAACAACAACAAUUACCAAUUUUUCCUUCUCUUCUAUGAACAUCACAAAUACACCUAUAACAACAACAACAGCAACAGUAGUAAACUUGAACAGCAAGCAUAGCUUCACAAUUCUGGACAGAUCAACAACAACAAAAACAAUACCCAUAACAACAACAUUAUUUAGUACUGACACAACGACUAUGACGACCACAACAGCAGCAAAUACUUACAAUUUGUAUAAUCUGACGACGACGACUGCAAUGACUACAACAACAACAAAAACCACAGCUGUUGGCAGUGAAAACACCAACAAAUUCAUCACAAAUAAUUCGUCUCCAUCAUUUCUGUCCUACAAUGCGACUAGUGGCGGCAACCUAUACACGAGUAACACAGCCCUGGGUAUGGCUCUACCAAGGAUGCAACCAACUUCCGUUACAACAACAUUCGCCUCAUUGGGCCUUUACACUAGUAAUUUAAAUAGCUACAACAAUAAUAACAACAACUUUGGCAGCAACAACAGCCAGUUGAAUUAGUACAACAACGACAACAAAAAAAUUUUAUUGAAGUGAAAAAAAAAACUGUGAAGACUCUUGGAGUUAACCGAGCUGCCUAAAUAUACAAAAGCAAAAUAUGAAGAAACCCGAAAAAACCAAGCGAGUAUGUGUAGUGUAGCGUAGCACGGAAAAACUGAAUGCUGUGUGUCUGUAGUUGAAUUGAGAGAAAUGUUGUUAACAAGUUUUUAGCAUCGGAGCAAAAUAAGAUAGAAAUUAUAUUUACAUACAUACAAGCAUAGAAGUAGUUAUACAUACGUAUACUGUAGUACGAAAGAAAUUGUAAUUAAAUUUCGAUUCGGAAAAUCAAUAGAGCGUUUAUUUAAUUGUAGCUGUAAGAUAUGGCCGAUAAUGCCGGUAGAAUUAAUCCUAUCGGAAUUGGAUAACUCAAGCGCGCAAAAUCAGAGAGGAACUGUUUUCAUUAUUUUCACACUUUUCCCUUAAUAACGAAAUACGCUAAAGCUUACGCGCAAAAAAAAGUAUCUCGGGCAUGUCGAAAACCUAACGUAACAUGCAUUCUUUUUAAAGUCAUUAUUCUAGAGUAGAAGACUCAAGAUACGGAACUGUCGAGAAAGAACCGUUCUGUACUUUCGAAGAAGUUUUUUCCAAAAGUAUACUAAAGUAAUCAUAUGACACGGUAUUUUAUAGAACCAUCUUUAGAAUUUAAAAGCUCAGAGAAAUGAUAAAGUGCAAUCUUAUGAUAAAUCCUUUUACAGAUGUAGAUACUUGUAAUAUCAAUGAGUUCCAGCAACAUUCACAGCAGGCUACCUUUCUUUAAACUGCUGCGAGACUGAAAAGUUCGUAUCAUUAAAGAUUUGAUUUAAAAAAAGGGUUUCAACCUUUACGAUCUUUCAAGGGAUUUUUCAACUUUUUACAAUUUUAGCUCUUAUAUAGACUUUGGUUUCGACGAUUUCUUUCCUUCAUAUACUCUCUUGAGGUGGAGAAUACGGUGGAUGCGGAAGCAAUUCGAGGCCCAGUACAUGCAGCUUUAUCAUCGUCUUCAAUUAAGGCAAUUUUUCGCAACUUCCUUCUAAAACAUCUCAAUAAAGUUGAAUGAGAGAGCCGAUGAUAUCUAUGAUUUGCGCAUUCUUUCCAUGCAUUGAAUUUGUUUCGGAUUUUCGAAUUACUUUUAAUUGCGCUAAAUGGAAGUGAAACGAUGGAAUUAUAUGUUAUGUCAUACAAGUAUAUCACGCUAAAAUUUAGGUUUCUUACAUAGAACAGGUCCAAACACCAUCCAGAAUUGUCUAUUCCUUGUCAUUUUUAACCGAUCGUAAGUUAGCUGGUGCAGCUUUCACUUUACACAGAGUUGAGCAAACAGCAUAUUCCUUUGAUAUCUCAAGAAUGUCAGUUAUCUCGAUCAACUUCAAUUCACGUUCAUCCAAAAAUGUUUUGAAGUGUUUUUUUAGUUAGUUUUUGAUGGUUUAUCUGGCCUUUUCCAAAUAUUCUGUUCAACUAAAUAAAUUCAAUUAAGCUUUUGUAAUUUAUUUUUCCAAUUACAAUCAAGGUUGAACUCGUUUUUCGAUCUCAUUCGACUUUAUUUUAUUUGAGUUAUCCGAUUUCGGGUAAUAUUUGUAAACGUAAUAUUUGCACUUAUAAAACUCAGUAGCUUAACACGGAGUACAUGAAUAAUCGCCUUGCACGAGUUUUAAGAGAGUAACCGCUUUUUGAAAAUAUGUAGCUAACGCAACUAUGAGUGAUUCAGAUAUAAACGAGGAAUGUUUGCUUAUAAGAAAAUAUGUAGUGGAGAUAUGCGCUUAGUAUCACAAAGAAAUUUUUUACACGAUUUUAUGUCUCAAGAAAACAAAUAAUUUUACAUUUAGUAUGCAGUGUUAUGCUCAAAAUUUUGUUGAAUAUGCGAUAAACAUAUAUAAAGAGUGCUUGAUUUUAAAGGUUUUAAUGAGCGACAAUAAUAUGGCUCUGGUUAUCAGAAGUUUCAAUGUUUAAAACAAAUAUGAAAAUUGAAUGUAACCUUCAUGAAGUUCUUACUAAUUCUGAAGGUUUUAACUUUGAUGUUUGAUCUGUUCACAAAUUUUUAACAGCAGUUUUUACUUGUUAUUUUUAUUGAAAAAUCGUGUUUAUAGUUAAUUGCUUGUGGAACCGGCAGUAAUCCUUUAAAAUUUAAUUUAGUAAAUAAUAUUUUUUGAACACCAUUUAUGUAAUAACUCCACGUAUUUACAAAUAUUUGAAAAAUUGAAUGCCAUGCCUUAAUAAUUUGUAAUACUUAUAUGUGUUACAUUUCAUAUUAAUCGAUUUAAAAUUAAGUAGAAGGAAACGUCGGAGACCCUACAAAAUUCAUAUGCAUGACGAGCUGAGGCAAUUUAGCCCUGUACGUCUGUCUGUCUGUGUAUACGCGAACUAGUCCCUUAGCUUUUGAGAUAUUGAUCUGAAAUUUGCCGCACUGCCUUUUGUCUUCAAGAAGAAGCAGAUUAGCCGAAAUCGUGCUUGUGACUUUUUUUACUUAUUCGAUAUUUAAGAGAUAAUUUCAAACAAGCGUUUCAAUUUUAUCGCAGUGCAGUAGCAAUUCGUUUUUUAUGAGAAAAUUCGAAUAUUAAUGGCAAUAAAAGUUCUUUGAUACAUCUUUGAUCUAAGAAAUCACUUCGUGGAUUCCAUUCUAUUUUCCAUAAAUGCAGUUUUAUAUUCGCUUUGGCCAUAUAUUGUAACAUUAUGCUUCUUAUAUUAACAUAUCCUUGAAGUUUACUUACAUAUAAGUAGUGGCUCCAGUAGAUAGCCAAGUUUCACAAUCAUACAGGUUUUACACAGACAUUAAAUAUCUUGAGCUUUACAUUCUCGUGUAUAAUUCUCUCUUUCCAAACAUUUGAGUAUAGCAAAGCUGGACUUUGCUUUUAGCAUUCGUAUUGGACAGUAUACUACUCAAGUACUCAAAUUGUGAAAGAUUCUCGAUUGGCGCGUAAGUAGUGUCAUGAGAGGAAGUAUUGCUGGCAUUUAUUAAUAACUAGGUUCGUCUGUGGUCGAAAUUCGACCAAUAGAAAAUACAGUUUAUUAACAAUGUUAAUAGAAUUUAAAUUUUAUUGAAGUAUUUGAACAAAAUGUGAACAAAAUCUAAAAAAAAGUUGAAGAAAACAAUUCAAAUAAUUUUAAAAAAAAAUUUAAUUUAUAACUCAGUCUCGCGCAAAAUCGCUUGUUCUGUUUCUGUCUUUGGCUUAAUUCUACAUUGAAUUAAAUCGGUCAAUUUAAAUAUUUCGUCGUAUGUGGCCACGUAUGCACCUGCGAACGGAUUCCAAAAUAAUUAGUGUAAAAUAUUAAUGAAUUAUUUCAAUGAAAUACCGAUGAAGCCUCAAACUUAUGCUCCAUUUUGAAAUAUUUUCAACAAAGAAAUUAUCUUACCUUCUGCUGCGUACAUUUGUUCUUCAGGUUAUAGCGGAAACACGGUUAUAGUGGAAGCACUUUAUGAAUCCGCAAUUUCCUGAAACAGCACCUUCUUCUGAAGAAAUUAAACAUUCUAACAUAAUUUAUCGCGUGGAUGCUUCAAUUGAUCGCAUUUAUUAUUCAAUGAAUCGCUUUCAAUUUUCAGUUGAUCGCGUUCCUUCUUUAAUUAAGCCACAAUUUGCAACAACAACAAGUUGGCUAUUUAUACGCAUCCAUAUAUUGCAUCAUAGGCCAUUAAAACGUCAAAGAACAGUUAAAAAUGCCCAAGUUAGAUAGCUUUCGUUAGAUGUAGCUUAUAGCUUUUUGGUUUAGACAGCAUAUUUUAAAUUGGGUAUCCACGAAAGUUUACACUGUCAAUUGGAAUUCGUUAGAGUUAAGUUCUCUGAUCUUUUUUGUGAAUGUUUUUUGUAGAGGUAUUUUAUUUAGUAAUCAAGUCAAAACAAUGUAGAUUUACAGAAACUAAGCACUUUAUCAAUCAGUGAUCAAUUUUGAAAAAUUUUCGAUUCCCUUGGUACUCCAAGAGGACCUCCGUGAGGAAGAUUUUUCUGCUUAAAAUGAUCUCAAAUACAUCCAAAAUAUAUAUUAUAACAAUUUAUGAAUAUAGAUAAUAAUCGAAGAACGAGUUGAAAUUUGUAUAUUUCACAAAAUGACGGCUUCCAUAAAAAGUAGUUUUUUUAAAAAGUGGCUUGAAAAAUCAAAAAUAUUAUCUCAAACCGUAUUCCUUCGAUUAUUGCCUAACAAAUAUAGCUAGGCUUCUCAUCGGCUCUCAAAACAUCAUUUCGAGAAAAACGCGUCAGAAAUCUUAUUCCUUCGCUUAUUACCUGACAAUUAUAUCUAAAAAUUUCGUGUGAAAAUUAAUUGGUCUAGCCGUUACGCAGAAAUUGUCCGACUCUGACAACAGCAUUUCGAGAAAACGCUUUUAAAGCUAUGAGAGAAACUUUUUUAUUUGCCGGAUCAACUUGAAAUUUUAUAAUUGAAAAAAUCCUUUUUGACAUUCACAAGUGGAUAAAACACCUUAGGAGCGCAAAACUUGAUAUUCCAUUUUAGAGACGACAGUAGAUCCAUUUUAAUUAAAAUUUCUUCUAGAGACAUAUAUAAAAUCGAAAUGAAUCUGCUGCUGGUUAUUCUUAAGUAAAUCUCAAUAUUUCCGAAACAGUUUUCUAUUUUUUAUUAAAAACAUAUAAUUUUGUAAAUGAAAUUAAUAUAAUUAUUUAAACCAUUAAAAAAAGAAAAACAACAGCAAAAGAAACAGCUAAUUUCUCUAAAACUAACUAAUUUAUUGUUGUAAAUGCGAAAAAAUCAAAGUUGAUUACAUAACAGUCGUAAAAAUGCGCUCCAAAAAAGAGUUAAAAAGGUUGGCCACUCUUGUUCGAUUUCCCUUCGGUCUAAAAACAUACAAACCUGCAUAUUAAAUUGUUAAAAAGAAAACACAAAUGAAGAUUACUAUAGAAUUUUACACUGAAUAAAAAAAAUACUACACACAUUUCUUCUUCUAAAAUUAUACUCAUAACUAAAAGCAAUAAUGAAAGCAUACAUAAAAAUAUAUGAAGCUCGAAAAGGCAGUUAGUCGAGAAACAGCAAUAAGUUAGUCUAAUUAUAUGAACAGUUAAGUAGUUAAUCGAGCACCAACAUUAUUCUUAAACUUCACCCUUCAAAACUUAUUUAUCUGCACGCAUUUUAGCACACAUUAACAUAGCAACAAUAGAUCUGUAUUUACAUAUAUAAUAAUAAACUUAUAUAAUUGAUUCAAGAUCAAUAACAUUUGUCGGAAUUUUGCACCUGAAAACUGGUUGGGCCUACAAGCAUAGCACCACUUGCAACAUACCUCAUAUAUUCAUAUAUUCAAGCAUACAUAUAUAUGUAUAUGCAUAGUGAGCAACUUACUUGCUUAUAGAAAUAGUAAUACUAUACCAAAAAUUCUACUCUAGCACUAAAAAUAAUUAAAGAAAGCUAACUAAUACUAUACCCUUAAACAUAUUAAUAUUCAAAUAAAUUUCCUUGAACUCUUACUUGCCCCUCUCGAUCGUUAUUCAAUGUAAUGCGUUUGAAGUUUCCAGUUAUAAACAAAUACCUACAUACUUACAUAGUUCAGUAGUUUUUUAAAUGGUUCGAAAGCGCUUAUUUAACUACUAACUGAAAGUAUUAAAGUUUUUAUAAAAAAUACUUUAUUAGCGUAUUUGCUCAACUUCAGUAUCUUAAUACAGCAUUAAAUUUCGAAACAUUGUUCAAAGACCCAAUUAAAUGUUAAUGACUGAAUUUCCAUAUAUAUUGUAUGUAGUAAUUAUAUAAAAAAUUACGAUAACAAAAACGCAUAUAUUAUACACAUAUUGUAUUAAAUUAUAAAUUAGUUAAAUAUUUUGGACAUAAUGUGAAAUUUACAAAUAGUAAUGAGAUAUUUAUAAUUACAGUUAUUAAAUGAAAAGAAUAUUUAAUCAAGCAUUCAGAAAGCUUUGUUUUGAAUAAUAUAUAAGCGAAAAGGUGAAGCAAUGUCGAAAUCGCAAAAGGAAAACAAAUACAAUAUAAUAAAUAAAUUUAAAAUAUAUAUAUAUAUUAUAUAUAAAUAAAUAAAAAAAAAACGAAAAAUAAAAAAAUACACAAGCAUCAAAAAUCGAACCAAAUUCACUACAAUAAAAAAUUGUAUUAUAUACAAUAAUACUUUGCGUGUGUGAGUAUUAGGGCAAUGCAUGUAGGUAUAUUAAAUAUACAAUAGCAAAAUUUUAGUUAAAUUUAAGCUGCAACAGAUGAAAAAUAUAUUUAUAGAUUAAAAAUAUUUAAACAUAUGUCUAAUGAAGAUUUCUUAUGUUAAUUAAAUUGUUUUAGUGUAUUUAAAACUUGUUCUUAAUUUUUGUGUAAAUUAAAAUUACUAUUUUUUAUAUAUUUUUAAUAGUUAUAUAAAAUUUAAUUUGUACUUAUAAAAAAAAUAAUUAUAUAUUAUAUUAUAAACUAGUACAACAAUUAAAGUUAAAAAUGCAAUUUUCCAAAUAUUUAAUAGCUAUGUUACGUUAUGUAUGUUUAUGUAAAUACCAUAUUGUAUAAUCAUAUAUAUCUAUUUUGUUAUUUAGUUUGUGUAAUUUGCUUAUUUAUUAAGGCAUUAAAAAUAAUUAUAUCGAUAAUAAUACUAAGCAAAGCCAAUAAAAGCGCAUUAAAUAAAAAUCA